GUAGGUAGCGUACCUUACCUACCUCGAGCUGAAGUACCUUUACCCCGGGCGGCCCGCCCGCCCACACCUCCGCAGUUCGGCGCCCGCUGGAGCAUUACAUAUCGCAUGCCCGUCAGCCCGUUACAUAACACACUGCCGCUGCCGGCAAAUUGACUGACUGACCUGACUGAGUGAGAUUGUGAUAAUUACUGACUUAUACCUUUCCACUUUGGACCGCCACGACAUCUUUUCUUUCUCUCUCUCUCUCUCUCUCCGUUACUAGACCAUCACCACCACCACCGACAUCAUAAACACAAUGCUGUCCGCCCCAACAAGACGUUCCAUCGCCCGCCUCUCUGCCGGCGCGGCGAAGUCUAUCGGCUCUACCGGUACCACUUCCGUUGCCGGUAGUGUUACGAACGCGACCUUGGGCAAGGCUGCUGCUGCUACCAAAGGACAACAACAAGUGAUCCCGACGAAAAGAGCUUUCUCGACCGCUGUGCGCCCAAAUAAUACAUCAACAGCAACAAGGGCGGCUAGGGCGGCGUAUUACUCGCAGGAGGCGCAGGGAAAGGGACAGAAGGCGGGAGAGAAUAAGAUUUGGGCUUUUGAGGAGAUCCAAACCUUGAUCGAAGAUCCUAACCGAAACGUUAUUAUCAUCGACACCCGCGAACCAGGUGAACUUCACCAAACAGGCCGCAUCCCCACAGCCAUCAACAUCCCCAUCACCACCUCCCCGGACUCCUUUUUUAUUUCCGAAGACGAAUUCGAAGACCGCUUUGGGUUUCCCCGUCCGUCCAAGGACAGCGAAGUCGUUUUUUACUGCAAGGCUGGCGUACGCAGUAGAGGAGCCGCGGGACUGGCGAGAGAGGCCGGGUGGGAGAAGGUGGGUGAGUACCCUGGGAGUUGGCUGGAUUGGGCGGCGAGGGGGGGCAAGGUUGAGCGUUAGGGGUGAUGAGGAUGAGGUGUGAUUGAAGGGAGGAGGAAGGGGGAAGGAAAAUGAGGGAGGAAGGGGUUAUUUCCUUGAACCUGGCUUGCGUAGAGCAAGUAAAAAAAAAAAUUACAAAAAAAAUAAAAGGAAAAGACAAUGUGGACUGAAUGUGUAUGGGUCUUGGUCUUGGUUAGGCCAAGU